UACAUGUGUUCCAUCAGCAGUGACCUCGUUCAUUAUAUCCAGAGUUUUUCUCAACGUGAGCUAUUCACGGGCAGCUAGCAAAACGGUCACAAUAUUGACCAAAGGAGAAUCAUUCUCGAAACCCUUUCCGCUUCGAACAAUAACAUGCAUCACAUCUUCCACAUAGUGGAGAUCGUGAAUGCUAUAUGUGGAUAUAUCUAUGACGACGCUAAAUCUAAACAUGCGCUCGUUGCGCUAGCAAUGACCUGUCGAGCAUUUCAAGAGACUGCGUUAUCCGUUCUUUGGAAACAUCAAGAAAGCUUAGUACCUCUGCUUCUUUGCCUUGGGGAUGCUAUCAAGGAAAGACGACUAUCUCAGGAGUCCGACGAAGAUGAUUUUCCGUCCGAAUCGCUUCCCACUUCAGUAAUAAAUAGGGGGAAAAUAUUGUAUGCGCUACGACCUCCAACUACAGAAGAUAUACAGCGGGUUCUCCGAUACACAAGCAAGAUCAAGACGUUGACACGAGGCUUUGUGCACACGCAGACAAUUCAUCCAAGUGCGCUUUCUGCACUUCUUUCGACCAGCGAAGGACCAAUCCUGCCUAACUUGCGUACACUUGAAUGGCCUCUGCGGGGAGUUCAAGCACGAGAUCUUCCAUUCUUGGCACGAUUCCUCAGUCCACGGUUAACUUCUCUCAGUUUGUUUUGUCCAGAAUACGCCAUGGACAUGCUAAUGCUAGACCUAUUGGGUCGCUCCUGUCGCGAGCUGACCAGUAUUCUUUUCGAAUGCGAAGCUGGCCCAGGAUUUGCCGUAUCCCUUAGAGACUGUUUAUUGCACUUAGGGCACUUACAGGACUUCACCUGUACUGCUUCUAUCGACAUGGUCCACAUUCUGAUUCUCGCACAGAUGCCGCAUGUAGACCUGUUGGACAUUCGCAUCUCAGAAGAAGCAUCAAUGUUACCCCCAAUCCCAUGCACUGAAGGUCUAUUCCCACAGGUGCGGCAGCUCACCAUCUCGUCAAUCGAUCUUCAUGGGGUCAUCCAAUUCUUCGGGAUUGCACCUAUGCCGUGUUUAGAGAAAUUAUGGAUCCUUCUCGACGACGACGAUUAUCCCGCGCUCCAUUUACUAGAGAAGUUGGAGAAGGCAUUGACACGUCAAAUCACACACGAGACUCUCACCGUUCUCUCCAUAUCAUCGGGUUGUUCAGACCUACCGUGGGAUGCCUCAAAGGCUAUUCGUGCCGCAACGCUCGAGCCGCUAUUCGUGUUUGGGAACCUGGAAAAGCUGGAAUUAGACUGUCAUUGGUGCUAUGAUCUUGAUGAUUCAUUCAUAGCAUCGGCAGCCAAAGCGUGGCCUCGCAUGGAAGAGUUUACCCUGGAUCCUUAUGGAACAUGGCCACCGUCUGGAGAAUGCCAUGCUACCAUGAUGAGCCUUCUCUCGAUAACGCAGUAUUGCCCUUCCAUCACAUGGAUUUCUUCCCACUUUGAAGGACGAGCACCCGCCGUAUCCGAAGCUCAUCGUCCGGGAAAUGGUCAUCAUGCUGCCAAGGUUCAUUCCAUAGAAGUCGGGAACGCCGGUAUCAGUGCUGCAGAUGUCCGGGACGUUGCAGCUUUCCUUUCGGACAUAUUUCCCAAUUUACGGUCAGUGUGCUCGUGGAGCGAUCAGGAUUCCCCUGUUAGCGGUCGAUGGCAGGAGGUUGCCAGCCUUGCACGAUGGGCAAUAUCAAUUCGCUCUCAAGAGCGAUGUUGGUAUGGGAAUGUGGUAGUGGACAACGGAAACACGUAGAGCUCUGUCAAACCGAGACCUUCUCUCUUUCAGAUAUACCAAUCCCCCGUGUUUAGCCCCCCAGUAGGGGACGAUGUACAUUGUUUGGAUGCAUAGGGCCAACGCAUCGGAUACGGCUAGAUAUGCCUACUCACCGCUUCAACAAAGAGCUCUGGUUCAUCCCAAUGUACCUAUAUGAUGUUCAUUGGUUUCGUUUCGGAGAAGAGCGAACAGAAUCACUUACAAAGUGGUUUGCACCUUCGAGUUUCUGCAAGGCGACUUCCCUUGUUACUCCCUCCUCCCCAUGCAAGAGAUCAUAUAUCGCCUUCGCAGCCCAAACAGUAUCUACUAUCCCCGUAUCACACCAAAGAGCCAACACCUUCACCUUCGGCCAAGGGAUGUCUUCGCCUUCCAUUCCAACACCAAGCGCACGCCGAAGGUUCCGACUAUAAAUACGCGAGUUCACAAGUCGUAUACUAUCGUGAGAUCGUUCGAGGACGCCGAAAUCAGUCGUGGCUCUGAUUUCUUCGGGCGACAUGCGUUGCACAGUCGGUAUCUUGCCCGCGCCUUGAAUUGGUUCGCGGGAAAUAAUGAGGUCUGGAGUCAGGGUAGCUAGAUCAUCGACUUUGGUGUAGUACGAUGAUACCCAAGUCGAGAAACGUUUGACUCUUUCGGGGAAGGGAAGUGAUUGGUCACGCAAAGGACUAUAGAGGACUGUCGAAGAAGAGCCUAGGGAGGUUGCGGCAAUAUAUGGGUUCACGCCCAAGGUCGCAAUCGAUGCAUCUGCAGGCUCUGUUAAUACCAGAUGUGACUAUGUUUAUGAUGAGAAGAAUACGACGUGCCGUGGAGAACGAUUGUACGAAGGUACUUGUCAAGGAGACUCUUGGUGGCGUGUGGUAAGGUAUCUGCAUGCGCGAGGAAAGACAAUGAGAGGAUGUUAGACAUCGACCAGGUGAUAAGAGCCAGUCCUCCCGAGACAGUUCCGUCUUCAUUGCGCUGCUUCUCUGGUAUACGAUAAGUCGCAAUAAAGUAUUCCAAGAAUGCAGCGAUCUGCCGACCGAGAUUCGUUAUGGCCUCAGUUUGAACAUUCUCAUUAGCGGAUCUGAAAGCAUCCAGCUCCGAUUGAGCAUAAGGUGAAGAUCCAGGAUAAUCGCGCAAGUUCACAGAGACGAGCCGUAGGUUCUUUGGGACAGCAUGUGGCAACAGACGACGGAAUACAGCUGAUUAGGCAAGUGACAACGUCAGCUACGUUG